AUGAGCCCAUGGGAAUAUGUGGGUACAAAUGCUGAAGCCAACAAUCUUUUUAACAAGGCCUUGGCCUGCCAUACAAAAGAUAUCAUGGCUUCUGUGGUGAAGAUGUAUGAUGGGUUCAGGAGUGUCAGAACUGUGGUGGAUGUAGGUGGAGGACUGGGCUCUGCAUUGUCUGUUAUAGUUGCUCAAUAUCCACACAUACAGGGCAUUAACUUUGACUUGCCUCGUGUCAUUGCAACUGCAUCUCACAUACCAGUUGCUUUGACAGAGGAGGGGCUUGUCACUCCAAAUCAUGAGUGUGCGCAUGUUGUGGAUGAACAUCAUGAUUAUUUAUAUGUGAUGUCCUCAGAGCUGCUACGUAUUUUCUAUGGUGAGUUGUCCGUCAAGCUGCGGUUUGCACAAAAUAUUGUUUGUUCGGGCAAGAGUGAAGGUUACCAUGGUAGGGUGGAAGUAACAACCCCAGAAGCAAUUUUGUUGGGUGUGUUCUUGCGAGAUGCCAUGGUAGUGUUUUCUAUUUUAGAGGCGGUUGUGCAUGGUUGGUGGAUGUUUUGA